UGAUUUUCAUUCUGAGGAGCUAGAAUCUGAUUGAAGUGAUUCGAUUUUUUCGGUGCUUCUUCCAAUUUCGCCUCAUUUUGCAACCUCAAGAAUAGCAAUUACUGUCCAUAGCUCUCUUUGACAUUUUCGAGGGCCUGCAGCGAGCUGAAAGUGCAAUUUUUUUCUCCCUUUUCUCUAGAUGACGGACCAUAUCCAUCCCGUGGAAUUAUCAGAUUUCACGAUCUCCGUCGAUAUUGAGGAUGAGGCCAGCGGUUUCUCGCAUAUCAAUGAAGAUGCUGCACUGGCGAAGAAUUCGCCGGCGCCAAACCUUGUCGGAUCUGUAUCUGCUGAAACGAUCUAUGCGGAAACGGUGAAUUUUCUUGCGGGAGGGCGAGUACACGAGGCUCUAUCUAUUUGGAUGAAAUGGAUAGUUCUUCCAGGUCCAGAGUCAAAAAAGCAGUUGCCAGACCCGAAGAGCUACUUUGGAACAUUGAUAAACGCUAUGAUGCAAAGCAGGCACUCUAAUCAUCAAAAGUUCUGCCUGGCAAUCCUACGUGCUUCUGUUGAAAUCCUUAGUGAUGACAUCAACGUGGAAGUUAUGCAAUACGAACAUUCGCAGCGAAAAGAGUAUCUUGGAGCUUACGAAGAGUACUGCAGCUUAUUCGAGAUUAUUGUCAUGGGACGAUACCUUAAUCAGGUUCAAGAGUGCUUAGACCUUCUACCGUCUGCCAGCAAAGGUCGAACUUCGUUGGUAUGCGAUGUAUGGUGGUGGCUACUUAUGCGAGCUGCCCUGGACUCUAACAAUGAGCAAGUUCGCAAACUGAUCGGAACGUGGCUCCUGGAUAAGUACAUCGUAAAUGCGGCGUCAGAAGAAUGCAUCAUGCUAGCGCAAGCAGCAUUCUUUGACAGCUUGCUGGACUGGGCGACAAAUGGGCAAUUGGCAUCCAAAUCCUGCAUUCGUUCCGGAACGACAGUUGUCUCAAAGCAUGGCGAGUUGCUCUCCAUCUACUGUGAGAAACAAGCAGAACGUAACCCAACAUUUGUUGAACACACGUACCACUGGCUAAGCGCACGUACCGACAUCCUUAACCAGCACACGACCGUUUUCAUUUUGCGGGGCUUAAGGAAAGCACCCGCAACAAUCUCGAUAUGCAAAAACGCGAUACGAGUGGCAAAUACGAUUCAAUUUAGCCCGCUGCUGCGAUGCAUCACCCGUAGCUACUGCUUCAAGGUAGUAGACCAAUACCUAUCCGGUGACAAUGAACGCGAUGAACAGAUCAUUCGGGGAUUCGAGAAUUUAAGAGUACAAAUUGAACGCUCGCGUGAUCUUCUGGACGGGGAAAUCGGCCCUCUACUGCUUGCCAAUAAGCAUUCCCCAGGGAAUCAUCAUGCUGUACUCUCCCGAAUGAGAGCAGCGGGUCAUGUCGAGAUCAACGAGCAAGGCAUCACAAUUGACUGGGACCGCAUCGCUAGACAUCAUCUGCAUCAAUGUCUAUGGAGACUAUUUGCGGACAGCUGGCCUUUCUGGGUGACGUAUGUUUCCAAGGACGUCCACGAGAACAGCGCCGUAGACUUUGCAGCGAGUUGCAUAUUCAACUUUUCGUCGUUGGCAAGAAGAAAACCUUAUCUAUGGAACACCACAGCCAGAACGUUGAGGAAACUAUCCUUUGAGAACCCUGCCAUAUUACAGCACCCGAAUAUCGAAACAAUGCUGCUGAAUUUCAUCAAUGACCCGCCAACUCCAACACCUGAACACAUCCUCGACGUAGCCGUUGCUGCAGGAGAGCGUGACGAGAAAGGAGAGCCGCUUUACAACGUUUACUGCGACGAGUCUCUCGGCCACGCGUAUAUCCUGGACAUUCUUGCUCGUCUGAAACCUGAGCAGAGCUCGUGGGGCUUGCGUCUCCUGGAUCGAGUUUUCGAACCUUGGCGUGAGCAGAAGGGCACAAUACAGGCGUCUUCGAAGUGGAAGCGGACCUCGCAGCUUCAGGCCAUCAUCGUUCUUCUACACAGCUGUGUGAGUUCGCGGUCCGACAUUGAAAAGUACUACGGCACCUUUUACGAUCUCCUUGCCAGAGAGCCCAACCCGCGGUACAGGUUUUUGUUCGAGUGGGCCAUCCUUCACUUCGCGACUCAGCCUUCAGUCGCCCGAACGUAUACAGACAACGUCCUCAAGGCCCUCGAAGACGCCGAUCCAAGCAAUCCGAACCCCAAGCUUGUGGCGUCGGAAAUCAAGAUCGCCGUACAGCUCGUACUGCAUUCACGGCACUUCGACAAGGACGAGCGCGUGCAACAAUUUGAACGACUGCUCGUCAUUCUUGCCACCCUGAUAGCCUCCCCGAGGGUGCUUGUUCGCUUUGAAGCACAGGCUUCGUUUCCCACGAUCUUCGACCACGUAAGAGACGCGGGACUGCUCGACGGCAUGGGCUGCGCGCCCGUUUUCCGAUCCGUGUACAACUUUGUGACGAAACUGGACAAGUACCAGACACCUCCGGAGUCUCGUGUCCUGAGCACAUUCAACAUUAACAAGGACAUGAACCUCGCCACCUUGUUCGAAGGCGGUCACAUGUACACGCCACUGAUCGAACCGCCGCUGCUACGCGUGCAAGAUUUGCGAGACGUCCUCGCCUCCGAUCCACCAAGCCUCGUGGAGAAAAGGCCCGAAGCUCGGCUCCCGAUCGGGAGCGUCGACGAAUCUGUAGCGCAGUUGAUCGCUAAGCUCGCGACUUCCAGCGCAGCGGAACAGCAUGAACCAGCGUCGCUUACAACGUCGGGCGCGACGACAGGACCGCUGCAAACCAAGUCAUUCGCACCCGAUCUUUCUUCUCUGUCCCUGGAGCCGUCACAGUCGCCGUCGAAGCAGGGCACAGGCCCGAUUCUGAUCGGUUCUCUUCUCGACGCGCCGGUGAAUCUGGGCGGUCUCUCGCGCGCGGCCAACGUUUUCGGCUGCCACUCCCUGCAUCUGCCCUCGCUCUCGCUCCUGGCCAACAGCAGCUUCCAAAACGUCAGCGUGAACUCCGAAUUGCACAUCGACAUCCAAGAGACCAAGCCUGCGGACCUUCUCGCGCGACUGCGACAGCUGAAGAGUGACGGGUGGACCAUUGUGGGCCUGGAGCAAACGAGCGAUAGCCGGGUGAUUGGCGUGCCCGACGGGGGGGAGAAAGUGCUGCCCAAGAGGUCGGUGGUGGUCAUGGGAGCCGAGAGCACGGGGAUUCCCGCCGACGUACUCUUCGAGUGCGACGUGUGCGUCGAGAUCAGACAGUGGGGUGUGACACGCAGUCUGAACGUGCAAACGGCUGCGGCAUGUAUACUGUUCGAAUGGCGACGCGAGUGGGGAGACGGAAGUUGCGCGUUGGGCGUGAAUGAGAAGCGAGCACAAACUGGGACGUGCGAUUGAGCCAAGAUUUUCGCGGGUGGGGGUAUCAUCAUUGUUUCGUCGUUGCUAUGCUGUAGACUCCAAGUCACAUAUCAUACAUGUUUGGUGCUUUGUUUGCAUGACUAUUCACGAGGAAUACUGGACCUCGAGGCCGAUGCCACGG